UACCACAUUUAAACAGAGGGUGGUGCCAAACACACCAGAUACACUGCCUGGAGUCACCUAUGAGUCACUGGGCAACUGGGAGUCACUGGGAGUCACUGGGAGUCACUGGGCAGCUGGGAGUCACUGGGCAACUGGGAGUCACUGGGAGUCACUGGGCAGCUGGGAGUCACUGGGAGUCACUGGGCAGCUGGGAGUCACCGGGCAGCUGGGAGUCACUGGGCAGCUGGGAGUCACUGGGAGUCACUGGGAGUCACUGGGAGUCACGGGCAGCUGGGAGUCACUGGGCAGGGUCAGUGGGGAAGUUGGAUCAAAGGCCAGAGUGGAGCCAAGGGGACCAGGAAGCACAGGUCUCCGAGGGGACGGUGGCCCUCCAGGAGCCCUCGGGGGUCCAGGGGUCGAUGGGGAACCAGGAGAGGCCGGACCACCAGGACUGAGAGGUGAGAAGGCUGUAGACGGGGUCAGGGGGUCUCAGGGACCCCAGGGGCCUCAGGGGGACCGAGGAUAUGCUGGACCUAAAGGACUCCAGACCGAUGUGGAGAUGUACGGGGAUCCUGGAGACCUGGGAGACUCUGGGCCCACUGGUCUCACUGGUACCAAAGGAGAAAGGGGUCUCCAGGGGCCACAGGGGCCCGACGGCAGCAAUGGUAGACCAGGGUUUGGCGGCCCACAAGGACCUCCUGGAGACCCCGGCAGGGGAGGAGAGCAAGGGCCUCCCGGUCCCUUUGGAUACAACGGACACCAAGGAGAGAUGGGGAAGCCAGGUCUCAAAGGGGGGACAGGUUGUGCAGGUUCUUGUGGGGAACCUGGACCGGACGGACCACCAGGACCAGGAGGACUUAAAGGUGCUAAAGGAGAAGCGAGCCCACCUGGACCAGGAUCUAAAGGACCUCCAGGGGGAAAGGGAAAUUCAGGGUGUUCAGGAUCACCGGGGCCAGAUGGGCAACCAGGGGACAACGGAGAGCCUGGUCCUCCAGGAGAAAGUGGCUCCUGUGGCCCCAAAGGAGGGUCUGGACCCGCGGGAUGUAGAGGUCCUCCUGGGAACCCUGGGGGAAAGGGUUGUGAUGGUCCUGCCGGGACCAGCGGCCCCUUGGGACCCACCGGCCUCACAGGGAACAAGGGGGCCCCUGGAGAUCCUGGUCCAGCGGGUCCCAGAGGGAACCAGGGCCAGGACGGUAUACCUGGUCCUCCUGGGGAGAAAGGAGCUAUGGGAGUUCCUGGGAUCGGGUCUCGGGGCCCCGACGGGAAGACGGGUCCACCUGGGUGUGUUGGAGGGGCGGGUCCUCCGGGGGCCUGCGGUCCACCGGGCCCUCCUGGUGCUGGGGGAAACCCAGGGUGUUCUGGUCCUCCGGGACCACCGGGCCCCUCUGGUUGUCCUGGAAAAGAGGGAGUCUGCAUUGAAGGAGUCAAAGGAGAGAAAGGAAUCCCUGGAGAACACGGACCCAAAGGUCCGACAGGUUACCGAGGUCCUCCUGGUCCUCCGGGUCCUGGCUUUAAAGGAGACGAGGGAUUUAAAGGAGCUUCAGGAGACCAAGGACCACCUGGUAACCAUGGAGACACUGGACCCCGGGGCCCGCCGGGUGAAGACAAACCACCAGGCCCACCGGGACAGAAAGGCAUGAUGGGAGAUACUGGAGUCACCGGACCUGUUGGUGUGAAGGGGGAGAUCGGACCAGCAGGUAGCGACGGCCCAAGAGGACCUCCGGGACCACCUGGGAGGAGAGGCCUGAGGGGGAAAGACGUACCCAGGAACGUGUUGCUGCUGCCAGGGGAACAAGGCUCAGAUGGCACCCCGGGGUACCCAGGAGACAACGGACCCCCGGGGGCCCGAGGGACAUCUGGAGGUCCAGGUAUAAAAGGAUUUGUCGGGAGGGGGGGCAGGCCAGGACACGGCGGACGUCCUGGAGUCAAAGGGGAAGAGGGGGAUCGAGGUUUCCUUGGAUCAAAAGGGAUCUUGGGUGAACGAGGACAGGUCGGUGCUAAAGGUAUUCCCGGUCGCCCCGGUCCGUGCCGGGACGCUCCAGAGAACGACGGCUUCCUGUUCACCAGACACAGCCAGGAACUCUUUAUCCCAGAAUGCCCUGCAGGAUCCACCCUGAUGUACAGCGGCUACUCGCUGCUGUUCAUCAACGGAAACAACCGAGCGCACGGACAAGACCUGGGUACAUUAGGUAGUUGUUUACCUCGCUUCACCACCAUGCCCUUCCUGUUCUGCAACACCGACAACACCUGCCGCUACGCCUCCCGCAACGACUACUCCUAUUGGCUGUCCACCGACAAACCACUGCCGGGUAGCAUGCCGCUGAUCUCCGGGGACUCUCUGAAGGACUACAUCAGCCGGUGUUCGGUGUGCGAGGCCCGGGCCAACGUGAUCUCCGUCCACAGUCAGACCAGCGAGAUCCCCGAGUGUCCGUCGGGAUGGGACCCCCUGUGGUUCGGAUACUCCUUCGUCAUGGAGACGGGGGUGGGGGCUGAGGGUUCAGGUCAGCCUCUGGCCUCUCCAGGAUCCUGCUUGCAAAACUUCCGGAAGAUUCCCUUCAUCGAGUGUCACGGCAGAGGAACCUGCAACUACUACACCGACUCCUACAGCUACUGGCUGGCCGCCCUCAACCCCAACGACAUGUUCAGUAAACCGAAGCCUCAGACCGACACCGGAGAGUUUCCAGGAAAUCUGAUCAGCCGCUGCCGAGUCUGCAUGAAGCAACUGUAACUAACUACUGAUACUGCAGAUACUGCAGAUACUGCAGAUACUGCAGUAUCUGCAGAUACUACUGAUACUGCAGAUA